AUGCCCGUGCAUGAGCAUCGUGCUCUGUUCGGUUAUGUCGGCCAAGAACCGUUCUUGUUUGCUGAUAGUAUUCGAAAUAAUCUCCGGUAUGGUCUUACUGGUAGUAGAGUACCGAGUGAGGAAGAGAUGAGGAAGGUAUGCAAAGAUGCUCAAAUUUUGGAUUUCAUCGAGGGCCUGCCUGAGGGGUUUGACACUUAUGCUGGUCCAGGUGGCAGUCAAAUGUCCGGUGGCCAGAAGCAGAGAAUCGCCAUUGCUAGAGCUCUGCUGCGGCACCCUGAGAUUCUGCUGCUGGACGAGGCUACGUCGGCCCUUGAUAACGAGAGUGAGAAGAUGGUGCAAGCUACGAUCGACCACUUGCAGUCUACUGUGAGUAUUACGACGAUUUCGAUCGCGCAUAGGUUGUCGACUAUCAAGAAUUCUGAUGUGAUAUUCGUGAUGAAGUUGGGAGAACUGGUUGAGAAGGGCAGCAACGAUGAGCUGAUGGCUCAGCAAGGUGUUUAUGCCUCUUUGGUUUCGGCACAGGCUGCUGCUGCGGUGAAGGACGAUGAGAAAUUGGCCACUACUGAGGGUGUCGCGGGGUCGUCGGUAGAUACUGCUAGUGAGGUUGUGAAUAGGAAGAAGAGUGGUAUGGCAAGAACGGCUACUAGUGGUACAAUUGGUGAUGAUGAUGCCGAUGAUGACAACCAAGGAGAGUCUUUGUUGAAAACGGAGGAGGAGAAGGAGAAGGAGCGCAAGGCUGAGAUUGCCAAGACGUAUAAGACGCCUUGGAGGAGGUUGCUGGCGUUUAACAAGGAUCAAAAAUGGUGGUUUCUGCCCUCCCUGUUGGGGUCGUUUAUGACGGGAUCGGCAUUUCCGAUAAAUGCACUGAUCUUGUCGCGUGCGUUAUUCGCAUUUUAUUAUCCUCCAUUUCUGGUGAUGGAACAUAUUGAUAACAUAUGCUUCUAUUACAUCGGUUUGGGAGUGAUGAUAUUUUUUGGUCAGCUCAUCGAGUCGGGCUCGCUGGGUUACCUCGGUGAAAAUUUCACAUGUAAUGUUCGUAAACAAUGUUUUGCCAAGAUAAUGGAACAGGAUAUGGGCUUUUUUGAUUUCCCGGAGCACGCCUCUGGCAAGUUGACUGCCUCGCUGUCGACUUAUGCGGUGAAGAUGAACUCUCUCACUGGUUCGAGUUUGGGUAUCUAUUCUCAAGCGAUAACUGGUUUGAUCGUUGGUGUUAUCAUUGGCUUCUGUGGAUCGUGGCAGCUGACUUUGGUGAUGUUGGCCAUGUUGCCGUUACUGAUGAUGGCUGCUAAGUUCAACAUGUCUGUGAGGAUGUCAGGAAAAAAGGAACAGGAUAACCUCAAGCAGUCGCAGCUGAUAGCAUCGGAGGCCAUCCAGAACAUGCGCACAGUGAGAGCGUUUAUGGCAGAGUCGUGGACUGUAGACCGCUAUGCGGAGUUUGCUAGUAUUGCUAGUGAUACUUCUGGCACUACCGCUAUCUUUCAUGGUGUUCUCUUUGGUGGUUCGAACUGUAUCAUCUUCCUGGCAUACGCCCUGGGUUUCUGGUAUGGAGGUCACCUUAUGGUCUACAACGGUUUGGAGUACUCCCACAUGUUGCAGUCGCUUAUGGCUGUUAUGUUCGCUGCUAUGGCGGUCGGUCAGGCUAUGGCCUUCCUCCCUGAUGUUGCUGAAGCUAAGGUCUCUGCUCAUGAUGUGUUCGAAAUCCUCGAUACGGAGUCUGUAAUCAACGCCAUGCACCCGGACGGUACGAUCAGUGAUAUGGGUGAUGGAGUAGUUGAGUUCAAGGAUGUUCAUUUCAAGUAUCCUACGAACCCCGACUUGCCGAUUCUCAAGGGGGUGUCCUUUCGUAUUGAGCCGGGUCAGCAGGUGGCAUUUGUUGGACCCUCAGGAAGUGGCAAAUCGACUAUCAUGGCACUCAUGCAGAGGUUCUAUGAUGUUGAGAGUGGCAGUAUUUGCAUUGGUGGCGAUGAUAUCAGGAUGCUGGAUGUAGCCUGGUGGAGGAGCAAAAACGGUUAUGUUGGUCAAGAACCUGUCCUUUUCGAUAUGACACUCGCUGAGAAUGUCCGUUACGGUAAGGAAGAUGCGUCUAUGGCUGAGCUGGAGAAGGUUGCUAGUAUGUCCAAUAUGGAUUAUGUUACCUCUAUGGGAGGCAGCGUGAAGUGGGACGACCCGAUGGGCCCGAAAGGUUGUCGUCUGUCUGGCGGUCAGAAGCAGAGAGCAGCUAUUGCUAGAGCUCUUGUGAGAGAUCCUCAUAUUAUUUUCCUCGAUGAGGCUACGAGUGCAUUGGACUCUACUAGUGAGAAGAUCGUCCAGAAUGCUAUUGAUACCGCCUCUGUUGGUCGUACCAGUGUAACUGUUGCUCAUAGGUUGACUACUGUUCGUAAUUGUGAUGUUAUUUACGUCAUUACUGAUGGUAAAAUCGUUGAAUCUGGCAAUCAUGAUGUUCUUAUGGCUAAUCGUGGUGUAUACUACGACUUGUAUACCAAGGGUCAAAAGUAG